UUAAGCAUGCGUCUCGAACUUCUCUGCGUCGUCCAUUAGGUUUUUCUUUGUAGUUUGUACUUUGAGAAGUGUAGCUAUGGGAGUCUUCACCUUUGUCCUCCGUAACUGCGACGGCGAAUGGACCGGCAAGCAGCUCUCCGGUGACAUCGAGGCCUCUGCUUCCACCACAUUUGAGAUCCAGAGGAAGCUUGUCCAAUCCACCCUCGCUGUCGAUUCCUCUGGACCCGUUCAGUCCUCUUUCGCUACCGUCUCCCCCACUUCCGCUGUUUUUCAGGUGGUCGUAGGUGGCGCGGUAUUCGUUGGUGGUGCUGUAGCCGCUGCUGCUCCUGCAGCCGCAGCCGGCGAUGCUCCUGCAGCUGAAGCAAAGAAGGAAGAAAAGAAGGAAGAAGAAGAAGAGGAAGAUGAGGAUAUGGGAUUGUCACUUUUUGAUUAGAGCAUCAGUUAUAUUAUUGUAAUUCUCUCUGCUUUUUAGCUCAUUUUUGAUGGAGAAGUCUUUAGUUUCCAAAGAGACAGAAAUUGUGUAUUGGAUUUGAUCAGAUAAUGAUUAGUGUUGGUUCUAUGAAAGGAUUAUGUUCAGAACUCAAUGACGAUAUUUAUAGCAUGGUGUUUUAUUUCCUUAAGGGCUGAUUAAGUA